UCAACAUGCAACUGUGCUGGACCUUGCUCGUACUCGCCCUCACUCUGACUGCACAAGAUGCAGUGUAUGCAGGGAGAAUCAUUGGAGGCAAAAAGGCCAAGCCCCACAGCAGACCGUACAUGGCUCUAGUGGAGAGGAACACACCCAGUGGAAAAAAAUACUGCGGUGGCAUUCUUCUGAGGGAUGACUUUGUGUUGACUGCUGCCCACUGCCAUGCCAGCUCCUACAAUGUAAUUUUAGGAGUGCAUGACAUCAACAAGCCAGUCAAUACACAGAAUAUUUCUGUGAAGCAGGCAUUUCCUAAUAAAGAAUAUGAUAAAAAUACCUUGAAAAAUGACAUACUGUUACUCCAGUUAAAUGCAAAAGCAGAGAUCAACACUUAUGUGUCGGAUAUUGCUAUGGCUGGGCCAGAAGAUGCAAACCCGACGGUGUGCAGUGUGGCAGGGUGGGGCUGCUCUGAAGGUUCUGGACCAAGGAUGACCACUGUUCUCAUGGAGGUGAAUGUCACUCUGGGAUCCUGUGGAGAUCAGGAGUCAGAUAGCUACUUCUACUGCUGUGAGGGCAAACAUGGAGUUGGGAAGGGAGACUCUGGCGGCCCCCUGGUGUGUGACGAAAAAGUCUAUGGAGUGGUGUCAGGAAAAAUAGACGAGAUCUUGCAUUUAUUUUCUAAGGUUCCAAACCAUAAAAAAUGGAUUGAGGAAACCAUGAACAGUGUUUAAAAUAUAUCUAACAUUUUCUCAUUAUAUUGGAGUGAAUAUG